AUGGCCGAGCUUGCUCCGCUGCCCCCACUACCCCCCCAGUUUAAGAGCAUACAGCAUCAUCUGAGGACGGCUCAGGAACAUGACAAGCGGGACCCUGUGGUGGCUUAUUACUGUCGUUUAUAUGCAAUGCAAACUGGAAUGAAGAUUGAUAGUAAAACUCCUGACUGUCGUAAAUUUUUAUCAAAGCUAAUGGAUCAAUUAGAAGCUCUUAAGAAACACUUGAGUGAUAAUGAAGCUAUUACUCAAGAAAUAGUUGGUUGUGCCCAUUUGGAGAAUUAUGCUUUGAAAAUGUUUUUGUAUGCAGAUAAUGAAGACCGUGCUGGACGAUUUCACAAAAACAUGAUCAAGUCCUUCUAUACUGCAAGUCUUUUAAUAGAUGUCAUAACAGUGUUUGGAGAACUCACUGAUGAAAAUGUGAAACACAGGAAGUAUGCAAGGUGGAAGGCAACAUAUAUCCAUAAUUGUUUAAAGAAUGGAGAGACUCCUCAAGCAGGGCCUGUUGGAAUUGAAGAAGAUAAUGAUGUUGAAGAAAAUGAAGAUGCUGGAGCAACAUCCCUGCCAACUCAGCCGCCUCAGCCGUCAUCUUCGACUUACGACCCAGGCAGCAUGCCAUCCAGCAGCUUCUCUGGCAUACAGAUUCCUCCCGGCGCGCAUGCUCCAGCUAACACACCAGCGGAAGUGCCUCACAGCACAGGUGUAGCAAGUAAUACUAUUGAACCUACUCCACAGACUAUUCCAGCUAUUGAUCCUGCACUUUUCAGUACAGUCUCCCAGGGGGAUAUCCGUCUAACACCCGAGGACUUUGCUAGAGCCCAGAAAUACUGCAAAUAUGCUGGCAGUGCUUUGCAAUAUGAAGAUGUCAGCACUGCUGUGCAGAAUCUACAGAAGGCCCUCAAGUUACUAACUACAGGCAGAGAAUGAAGCCUUUGUACAGUAGAUCCAUGCAUUUUUGGCUUAAAGAACUAACAGUCCAUUACUCUAUCUUCAGCCUAUCAGGAGCACAGUUUUAAGGAAGACUUCAGUUGCAUUGACUAUAACAAUGAAAUCUGUGUCUGUGUAUCAGAUUCCUGUUGAAGCAUUCAGCAGCAGCCUCAACCAGUUUUCAUUGUCCAUUUAGUGGAUCCAGUAAUCUCCGGGUAUACAGGGCUGAUGUGAGCAAAAUCCUAAAAAUGCCCAUUGAAUCCUGCUUCAGGAAAUGAAAACACACUUCUAUAAAAUGUAUUGGGGUUCGCAUUGUAUCUUAAUAUACAUAAAUUAGGGAUUUUUUAAUCAUAAUUUGGAGACACAGACUAUAUUAUUUUGCUAUAAAAUUCUAAAUUUAACUUUUAAUAAAAGUUGCCAGAAUAU